AUGGCGGACGCUCAGAAGCACAUGCAGGCACUCUCGGAUGAGUUCCAACAGUUGCAGACUGAACUCGACGGUCUCGUCGAUGCGCGGCAGAAGCUCGAGUCCCAACAGCAAGAGAACCUGGGUGUGCAGAAGGAAUUCGACUCGCUCGAUGACGAGUCCAACAUUUAUAAGCUCAUCGGCCCGGUCCUGUUGAAGCAGGAUAAAACCGAGGCUAUGAUGGCUGUCAAUGGUCGUUUGGAGUUUAUUGAGAAGGAAAUUCAACGGAUCGAGGGACAAAUCAAGGAGAACCAGGACAAGGCGGACAAGAAACGUACCGAGAUUGUGCAGUUCCAGACUCAGCUUCAGCAA